AUGAGCCUAAUGGAUAACUUGUCUCAAGGGUAUUUGCCAGCAGAAGUUGCUGAAGAGAGCAUUUUGGUAGAGGAUGAAGUCGAUAUUGAUACUGUUGAUCCUGAUGAAGUGAUUUUUGUCGAUGAUGUCGAUGACAUCAUUGUGCCUGAAGAAGUCUAUCAGGAAUGGCCUGAAGGGGUUGUGGCGCUCGAGGAAGUCGCAGGCAGAGAACAGCUUGAACUGCAGAGUUUUACAAAUGAGGGAGACAUUAUCUACGAAGACCAGGAGUAUGAGUACACUGAAGGUGAAGUUCCAAUAGAAGAAAUUCCCGAGUUAAGCGAACAGCUCUCAAUAGAUAAUCCUAUUCCUGCGCGAUAUCUGGAUGAAGAUGGAAACGAAUACACAGAAGAUGAGUUAGUGCCAAUUGAAAGUCCAAACGCUGCUGAAUUUGAAGAGCAACAAUUGGAUCCGUUGUUGAAUAAAAGUCGCCGGGAUUCUGUUGCUGUUUCUAGAAAACCGCCAACUAUUGUCCAAUGUGAAGUAUGUGGUGUUGUAGUGAAACAUCCUUCGAAAAUAGAGGCUCACAUGCGAACCCAUACUGGAGAAAAACCUUACGGUUGUGAAAUCUGUGGUGCAAAAUUCACGCAACGAACACCCAUGCUCAACCACGUUCGUCGUCAUUUGGGUCAAACUCCGUUUGUUUGUAGUUAUGGAUGCGGAAAGAGCUUCGUAAACAAUGCUCAGAAAAAUGCUCAUGAGUUAAGGCAUGUAGGAUCGAAACGUCUUGGCCCACCACGACCUCAUUUGAAACCACCGAAACGACAAAUUUGGAAUAGGGCCUCGACAGAAAACCGGUCGAAACAAAACGAAUCCGAAAGGACUUCAAUGGUCGACUUUGCACCUCCAGUUGGACACAUCGAACAACCAAUUUCGGCUGCAGCAAGCAAACGGCUCGACGAAGUAAUUGAGUCUGUUGUUACUGGUGUCCCCAUCAAGAAGAGAAAAACACGUGCCGUUCGACCUCCAAUGCUUGUUCAGUGUCAAGUGUGUGGACUAAUGCUUAAACAUGCAAGCAAGAUUAAGGCUCAUAUACGUACGCACACCGGUGAUAGACCGUAUGUUUGUGUUUAUUGUGACGCACAUUUCAACACCUCCGGAACACUUAAUAUGCACGUGAAGAGGAAACACACAUCAGGUGAGCGACCCUUCGCCUGUACUUGGGAUUGUGGGAAACGUUUUGUUAGUUUAUCGACUCGAAAUGAGCACGAAAGAGUGGUCCAUGCCGGAACAAAAAGAUACGAGUGCACAGUUCCAGGGUGCCAUCGUAUGUUCAGCCGUAGAUGCUAUCUGAUGCUCCAUCGCCAGCGUGAACAUGGUCUUAUGUUUAAGCCAGUUUUUGAUCCACAGGAAAUUGAGAAAGCUGAGAAGGAAGCUGAUUUGGAGUUGCUCGCUGAAAAGCAGGGUAAAGUGACAGAUGGAUUUCGUGACCAGAUCCUUGUUGAUCCAUCGACUAAUAUGUUAGUGCACGUGUCCGAAGAUGGUAUGGUACUAGAACCCAUCAGCGAACAUCCUGCAUUUAUGCAGGGCGAGUUUGUUGAAGAGACCGAAGAGCCAGAAUCGGCGGAGUUCAUUAAAGAAGAGACGCAGCGCUCGAAAUCUCCUGAUUUAUUGUUGCCGGCAGAAAACACAAAGCCUGUCCAGUACCUGAUCUCUGACCUAGAGCUAGAGCCUUGUCCAUCAGGCGUAGUGGAAGUCCCAGUUUUCGAGGCAGAGCUUGACGAGAUGGACGAGGUCGUUGAAGAACAGGAAAUGCCUGCGCUAUUUGAAGAACAUAAACCAUUAAAGGAUCAUACGACAAUUGAGGAGAACUCGACCAUCAAACCUCGAGUUGUUAAUAUUCUGAAGAGAAAGAUGUUUGAAGAGGCCACCUCAACAGUGGGCACUUCAAAUGUAGGCUAUGUAGGCUAUGAAAGCCCAAUCCACACAACUGUUGAGGAAUUGGAAGUGACGGAGGAAAGUAUCCUAGAUGUUGAAGAAGAUCACGAAGAGCAGUACAAUUAUGCAGAGGAUAAGGAGCAGCGUGACUCUAUUUAUGAACGCACUUCUAUACGAAAGUACCGCAUGGUUCGACGGAAACCUGCCCAAACGUUUUACUGUAGGCCAUGUAACAAAGAGAUCAAGUAUCCAUCAAAAAUUGCCGAACAUCUAAGGAAGCAUACCGGUGAACGGCCGUAUCAGUGUCAAAUCUGUGGUGCUGGUUUCUCACAAGGGCAUGUUUUAAAGGUACAUCUUCGAGGUCACCAUGGAGAACUCCCUUACAAAUGCUCCUACUGCCCUCAUUCGUUCCAGUCGCUUGCUCUGAAGAAACAACACGAAAAAACUCAUUACCAACCAGAAGUGAAAGAUGAUCCACCAAUAGAUACGAUAGUAAUUCAAGAAGGUGUAGAAGCGGAAACUGAGGCUAUUGUGGACACUGCACAUGCAGGAGAAGUAGCAGUGGAUUCUCAUGUGUAUGCAUGUCCUAUUGUGGAGUGUGGCAUGCAAAGUCAAAGCAAGGAAGAGGUGGAGGAACAUAUCGCUGUUGUCCAUGGUGAAAUGCAAGAGUGGAUCGAAGAAGGAGGGGAGCCAGAAGUGUAUGAAGAUGGUACAAUGGUGGUUAAUGCCGCAGAAGAAGGGCAAGAGCAAGAGAUUGCUGCUGAACAGCAUUCAAUCAUGGUAGCGGAUGAUCAACAAUACGGAUAUUAUCCUUAUGAUGAAGAAACAAUGGUGAUGGAAGGUCAACCUGUUGAUACAAUCGAACUUCAACGGCCUCCUGUAACCCUGGAUAACGCUAUCCCUCGAGAAGCACCCGCGCAGAAUUUCCCCAAUGAACCACUACGAAUAUACGAGCACUACACUUACGUGGAUGAUCCGAAUGUUCCGCCCCCUACUGAGGAAAUUGAGAUAGAGACGUCAGAGCAACAUUACAUGCUAGACGCCAGAAAUCCCACGAAUAUUCCCUUGCAGCGAACGAUUGUUUAUGAUAAUAUUGUUAGCAGCGAUGAUAUAUUUGACAUUAAUCUGGCCGAAGACAUACCUGUGGAAGACCGUGUUCGGGUACUCAUUGAUCCAAAACCUCCGAAGAAAGGAAGACUUACUUGCGAUGAAUACUACGAUAGAAUGAUUAACAAAAACAUGCAAGAAAUGGAAGUGGAUGCGGCGAUGAUAGAGAUGGCAGCACCUCUUAGACAUGUUCGAUUGAUGACCGAGGAGGGUCCAGUGGUCAUAGCUCAGCCUAGUGGACGAAUGAGACGUAAUCGAUUGAUCCGAUCACAGUCGGAUAAGCAACAUGGUGCUAGGAAUUUGGACUGGAUAAUAGACGCGGUUGCUAGGGGCCUAGAUGUUGAUUCUGCUAGUCCGCAUAAUCGCCGGAAGCCGGUUAUGCAUAAAUGUCAGUACUGUGGACGGAUUGACAAAUAUCCGAGUAAGAUCAAAGCCCAUAUGAGAACACAUACCGGUGAAAAGCCAUUCAAGUGCGAAAUUUGUGGUAUGACCUUUGCGCAGAGAACUCCUAUGCGCUUGCACGUACGGCGGCAUUUGGAUCAAAAACCGUACAUUUGUAAUAUAGAAGGCUGUGAUCUGCGUUUCGUGUCCGGUGCACUGUUAAACUACCAUCAACAAACAAAACAUUUCAUGACGAAAAGAUACAUUUGCCUCAAGGGCUGCGGCCGUUUCUUUGCCAGCGCUAGAAAUCAACGAAAUCAUGAGGCAAGAUGUUUCUAUAAUACAGAACAAGCCAAUGACUUUGGCGAUGCGAUCUAUGAGCAUCUUGUCUAUAAUGAUCAAGAAGAAGAGGAGGCUAGCGAGAAUGAGGUUGAGGAAGAACUCGAAGAGGCAUUAGAAGCUGUUGAGACUUCGUUGAAUGGUUCAGAUACAAAAGUCCAAGAAACCGAAACGCAACCACAAUUUUUGCAUCAAUAG